CCCGAACAAUAUUUCUUCCCGCCCUCCAACAAAUACUCCUCCAUCAAACUGCGACGAAACGAAACAAAGGAUUCACGAACUCGUACUUCCACCUCCGGCUGUACCCCACAUAUGCAUGCGCGUCGCUGGAUUCGCAAAGGGAUACUAGAUUGAGCCUCCCGCUCAUUCGAGAUUAGAGAAGGGAAUAAGGAACGAGCGAUUAUUGCCUGCGAAUCGUGGGACGCUUAUCUUGAAGCUUGGGAAAUACAAAAUAGAGAACAGCUCUGCGAAGGGAGAAGAGAAGGAAAGAGAUAGUCAAGAUGGCGGCAGCUUCAGCACCGGGUCCCGCGAGCGGACAGACGCAAACUCAAGUCCCAGCUCCGCAAGGACAGACGCAGACGCAGACUCAGCAGGCGGUGUUGCAUUUAAGAGGCGCGACGAGGCAGAGUGAGGAAGUGCAGGGCGGGGAGACGAGGAGGAGGAUACAGUGGGCUGAGGACGUGGUUGAUAACGAGGGGAUGGGGAAGAAGAAGAGUAAAGUAUGCUGCAUAUACCACGCCCCGAAAGGGAUCGAUGAGUCGAGCGACGAGAGCUCGUCGGAUUCGAGUGGGAGUGAUAGUGAUAGUGGGGAUGAUGGGGCGGCGAGACCCGCGAGGAAGAGUGGGUGUGGACAUGGACAUGAUCAUGGAAAGGGGAAGGGGAAGUCGAGGGCUAGGAGUCCGAAUGCGUAUGAGAAGAUGCCGAAGCCGAAGGGGGGAGCGCCGAAAGGGUGAUGUUGUUUCUCGAGGUCAUAGCGUUUUGGGGUCAUGAAGGCCAUCUUAUGAUUGUAUGAUUGGGAAAAGGAUCUCGGGAUAGAGAUGGAGUUGCUGCAUUGGGAGGCGUUGGGCAUUUGUACCCUGGGAGAGGAGAUGGAUGCUUUGCUCAUUCCGUGCCAGAAUCGAAAGCUUUCAUGAUUUGUUCUGCGAAUCUUGUUUCUGCUGUGCUUCUGUCCUCUCUCUAUGGUUAUCUCUAUACUACUCUGUAUCCUCGAGACUACUGUUACUUUUAAUCUUCCAACGCCUGGCCAUAUCUUCAGCGUGUUGCUG